AUGCUCGAACCAACAUCCAUAACUGCACCGUCACCACCGGAAGCCAAUCCCAAUGCUUCCGCUUCCGCACCACCUUCAGAGGAAGCAGAAGAGAAGUCUAACAAAGAAAGCCCGACCAUGGCCAAGAGUGCUUUGGCUGUGGCCGGACAAUUCGAAGACGCCGACAAUGAUGACUCCGCCGACGAGGGCAAAAGCAAGAGCCCAUCCACAGUAACAAAAAGUGACAAGAAGCCCAGCAAGACCAGUACGACUCCCUUGGCGUUUCUUGCAGAAGCGGCAAAACAUCAAGAACAAGCGACUGAUACUGCUACGACCGCCACAGCUACUACUAACACCAAGCCGUCAUUACCCGACAUGCCUCAUCCUUCUCGCCUCCAACGACGCAUCUCCACCAACACGUGCAAUGCUACGUCAGCUCUACUGGAAAUGGCCUCCUCCUCUCCAACGUCCUCGCUCAAGAAGGUCACCACCACCACCGCUAUCAAGAAGAAAAAGACCUUUGUGGUCCGACUCGAAGAACUCAAGGAAUACAAGGAACGACACGGGGCCAUGAUGAAUCUGGAGAAUCCAAACAUCAAGGAAGCAUGGGAACAGGGUCUCUGGACGUGGCUCUUUGAAUGUCGCAAGCAGUACCGCACCGGGCAACUCUCGGAGGAAAAGGCCAUGGCACUGCGCAACUUGGGAUGUGAGGGAUUCGAGAAGCAGCCUGUUGCCAAGAAACAAGAAGAAGAAGAAAAUGAAGAAGCGAAGGAAGACGUCAAGGGAGAGAAACGACUCGAAGCUCGUCACAAGGAGGAACAACAAGCACGCCAGAUGGAAGCCCACAUGAUGCGAGAACGAAUGAUGCAACAAGAGCGUACUAUCAUGGGACGCGCUCAUGAACAGCGUCUCAUGGAACAGGCGGAAGCAGGCCAGCAUCCAGCUUUGCGAGCGCUCUGGCUCAAGAGAAAGGAAGAAGCUCUCAAGGUCCAGCAAAUGCAGGCGGCUGGGAUGAUCCCCAUGGCACCGGCAAUGGCGGCUGCAAGGCCCCCCGCUAGUGCAAGCGGAAGCGGAACAACCAAGCGAAGUGGCAUGGACCCGGAUGGUACCACAAGCGCGGAUGCCGAUGAGUAUCCCGCUGAGAAGGCGCCCAAGAAGAAAGACAGCUCCUCCUCGCUCAAUGACAUGCAGAAGAAACAGCAAAAGAAAAAGUCGAUGCAAGCCCAACAGGAAGCUCGCGUCUUGGAAGAAAUGUAUGCUCGAGAAGCCAUGGCACGGGAAGCCAUUAUGCGAGAACAACGAUUGGCGGCUGUCAUGGCGGCGAACCGCAUGGGAGGAGGAUUUGGAAUGCACAAUGCUACCUUGAUGCAGCAGGGACGUGUCAUGUCCUUGCUCCAGCCUCUGGAAUCCGUCCCCCCGCGGGCGGAUCCAUUCUUGGGAGCCAUGUAUCAUCGCCAGCAUCCAGACCCACGAGUCAAUGCCUUGUUGCAAGCUCAGCUCCUGCAGCAACAAGAACAGCAGAGAAGUGCCACUGCAGAGAUGCGACGUUCGUCCGAUGCCAGCGGAAGCGCUUUGGGCGCUGCUGGAGAGUCCAGUAACAGCAACUUGAACGUUGACGUGGCUGCUACUGCUUCUGGCAUGAGUCGCGCUAAAGAAGAAACCGCCGCUAAACCGGCCAAGAAACCUCGCAAACAACGAAACAGGAUCACCACGGGAACCGGUAACAACAACGGAGGAAAAGGCAAGACACGAAAGUCAUGGGAUCAGCGCAUGCAGCAAAUGUGGAACUUUUUCUUGACGUACGGGCAUACCAAAGUUCAGACACGGGGAGAACACAAGGAAUUGGGACGAUGGUUGUCCCGUGUUCGCUGCAAUAUGCGCGACGGACUCUUGCCACAGCAUCAUGUCAAGGAGUUUUUGGCCAUGCAGGAAUGGACCAUGGAAGAUAAUGAGGCGGCUGCAGCAGCCGCUGCUCAACGUGCCAAAGCGGCAAAGAAAGCACCGGCUCCUCCUGCUGCACGACCAAAGGACGACGGUGCUUCCACCGGCAGUAAUCACAGCAGCCGACGCAACUCGGCUGCUACUGCCGUGACGGAUGAUGCCGUGCCGACGGAACUGGCAUUUGUUGGCGAAGACGCCGACGCAGUUGGCUCCCUUACCAACAGUCCGACUAGCGGGGGCAAGAACAUCAAGAGAGCAAUGCCCAAGAGUUGGGAUCAGAGCUUUCUAGAACUGGAAGCAUUCAAGGAACGAUUUGGCCAUUGUGACGUGAAGAUGAUUGGUAGCAGUCCCUUCGGAUUGUUGGGCAAGUGGUUGGCCAGCCAGCGAAGCCGACACAAGUUGGGACAACUCCCAGAAGACAAAGUCAAGCGUCUCCGUAGCUUGGGAUGCGCUGAUUUUGGACCCAUGGACGCCGAAGGUGAUUCACCCAACCAGUCGAUUUACCGAAAGGACCCCGAAGAGGCAGAGUUUGAUGCUGCGAUUCGUAGUAAAAUGAAGAAGGUGAAGCCCUCAGACGACAUGGAUGAAGACGACGAAGAAGAAGGAGUGCCCACCGUCCGUGCGCCCGCAAUGUUGGAUCAGGCUACAUCGGCUAGCACAACUCCCACCAACUCGGCGCCAGCAUCUCCCAACACGAAGGAAAAGCGCGUUCGCCACUCGUUCGAAACUCGACUUGAGCAUAUCAAGGCUUACAAGGAAAAGCAUGGCCACUGCAAGGCUCGAUUGGGAUCCGAGGAUAAGCACGAGGAGCUUUUGGCUCGUUGGUUGGCGUCUGCCCGCUCUCGAUACCGAGCAGGGCAAUUCAAGGAAGAUCGAGCGGCUGAACUCCGAACUUUGGGAUGCGAUGGAUUCGAACCUAUCGAAGCUGGGCAGCCAAAUGCCGCUGCGAAAGAGCCCAAGUCGCCUGUAACCAAGAAGCGUGAUGCGCCGGCACGAACUGCUACACCUUCUCCAACCCCGUCGAUGGAUUCCUUCACCGAAGAAGAUGGCACUGAACAUCCCAACAAGAAACAGCGAACUCUUGGCAAGCGUAAGACGUUCGAAGACAUGUUGAAGGAACUCGAAGAGUACCAGUUUGCUUUUGGCGCAGGGUGCUCCGUGCCAAAGCCAGAUGGUGACAAAGGCAAGUUGGGACGAUGGUUGGCUUUCCAGCGUCGCCAGUUCAUCGCGGGCAAGUUGACACCAGAGCGAGUUGAAAAACUCAAGGCUAUUGGACGAACGGAAUUCGAAGGUUCGUCCACCGGUAUGAGGCUCAGUGCCGCUCAUGUGUCUGCUGCGGUCCGUGUCGCUGAAAUGUCUGCUGCGGGUAGUGCUACUGGUACCGGUACAAGUAUGGAGCAAUGA